AUGAAAGCAACCAUCGCCACCAUAGCUUCAGUCCUGUUGAGUCUGAUAUUUCAACAGUGCUAUAUUGCUCGAGCAAAGGGACCAGUCACCUACGUUGUUGGAGAUGAUUUGGGCUGGACUCUAGAGGCUAACCCGGAAUCUUGGACUCGAGGGAAGAAAUUUUAUGCUGGAGACAUAUUAGAAUUCAAGUAUGAUACUGAAGACGCCAACGUGGUUGCGGUGGAGAAAAAAGAUCAUGAUGAUUGCUCAGUCUCAGACACGUCAGCGUUUUAUGGGUCAGGAGAUGAUAAAAUCCAACUUCAAUUUGGAGCUAAUUACUUCAUAUGCAGCUGGCCACCUAACCAAUGUCAAAUGGGAAUGAAGAUGGCCAUUAAUGCCACUGCACGACCACCCUCACUGCUAGUUCACUGA